UUACGCUUUCGCCUGUUGUUGUUGCGGACCCUUCAUGAGGAAGCUAUGGAGCGUCACUCAGAGAGAGAGAGAGAGAGAGAGAUUGUGGGAGUUAAUGGAGAGAAAACCCGGCGAUGUCGUGUCAUAGUGGUUGACUAGUUGGUCACUAGUACGUAGUAGAGGAGCGUUUGUCAGGCGGCAAGGGCCGGAGCCUCUGUCCAGUCGUUCGUUCUCUUCUUCCAUCCACUCAGAGCGUCCUGGGUUCUCUUGACUGCUUUGCUGUCCGGAUGGGAAUGGCGGCCGUUGGUAUUCAGUUAGCGAGAAUGAUGUAGAGAGAGUGCAUGGGAGUCUGAUGUAAUGAAGGAGGACGACGAGGAAGACGAAGGAUCUCCUGCGGUCGCUACCGUGUUUUUUCUGUCUUCGGCCUUUCGGCUCUGGUAGCGACGCUGGUCCUCCUGCUGGAUUGCGCACUCGGGUGCGAGCACGCGCGUUCUCUGAGAAAGGGGUUGGGGGGGGGAUUGGGGUCUCAGGCGCCCAUCAGCGAGGAGGACCCUGAGUGAGGACGAGGGGCAGUCGGUGACGAGAACGUGCGUGCGAGGUUGAGGGCCGAGAAGGGAGGCGUAGAGUGCCAGAGGCAGGGCGCGGGGAGCUGCAUGAUUUGUGGCAAAGGCGGGAGAGAUUGGGUUGUCGUGUCCGCCGUUGAUCACCAUGAUGAACAUUCAGCAGCAAUCUCCAUGUGCGACCUCCGUGUCCGCCAUGGCGGUCCGCCUCGUGGGGCGGCUGCUCCUUGUGGUAACGUAUGCCAAUCCCAUAGGAGCAGCCGCGCUGCUGUACACGCGGUAUCGCGUGGAGACACAGCUAGACACAGAGCGAGGAUUGCGCCUAGCGGUGGAGGCGGAGAAGAAGAAGCUAGCGGAGGAGUUGCAAUCGGCGCGGAUAAUCGCGAGGAAGGAGGCGAAGGCGCUAGGCGAGAGGCUAGAGGCGGAGAAGACAGCGCGCGUGACUGCGGAGCUGGGGUACGAGAUGGUGAUUCGGCAGUUCUCGGAGGAACAGGUGGCGAGAUCGAAGGCGGAAGCGGAAGCACAGUGUUUGGCGGAAGCGCUGCAGAGUGAGCGGAAAGCGCGCGCGGUGAUUGAGUCUCGAGCGGAUGCCUUGGAGAGGCAGCUUGCGCAGGAGAAGGGCGGGAGGAGCACCGCGGAAAGCGAGAUCAAACGGUUGACGGAGUGUUUGCAGCGCGAGCGCUCCGCGCGCCUGGCUGCCGAGGCGGAGGUCGACGAUGCCAGGCGGGAUGUGGCGGAGGCCAGGGGAGCGCGCAAGCUCGCGGAUGCCGAAGCGCGGAGCCUUAAUGAGGCGUUGAACAAAGAGCGGUCUGUCCGCGUUGGCGCGGAAUCGCAGGCCUGCUCUGUGGCUCGGCAGCUCGCCGAUGAGCGGGAUAUUAGGGUAGCCUUGGAGAAGGAGUUGAUAGGUGCGAAGGAGCAAUUAAAGGAGGAGCAGACCGCAAGAGUGGAAGCGGAGUCGAGGGUCGAUGCAGCGAACAGGCAGUUGGAGAGAGAACAUGCCCAGCGGAGUGCUGCGGAAGAGAACGUCGAAAAUGUUAAGGAGAUGCUGCAAUCCGAGAGAGCAGCGAGGAGGACGGCGGACGCGGCGCUGAAGACGAUUGCAGAGCAGACCGAAGUGAGCAUCAAGAGACUCGAAAGCCUUGUUGAGGCUGAGAGGGCGAGUCGUGCGGAGGCAGAGGCGGAGGCGCGGAAAUGUGCGGAAGAUCUUGAGGAGCACUGGAAGGAAAGGAUUGAAGCGGAGAAAGCGGCCGGGAAAGUACGAGAGGAGCUCGAGCUCGAGCGCGCUGCUCGGGUUGCGGUCGAGCUCCGGAAGACGGCCAUGGGAGCAAUACGAGCGGCAAUGUCGCUCUUGGCAAAGAGGAAGGAUCUUUAUCAGUGUCCACUGUUGAAGGAAGAGUUUGAGAGACACCCCAACCGAUGUACAGAAUAUUUUUGGGAGGGGCGAUGCAAGUACGAGGAGAAGGGGAAUCCUUGCGACAAGAGAGAGAGCCAUCAUUGCCUGUACUGUCCUGUGGAGAGUCCUAUGGAGAGCAAGCUUCAUCCCACCGCUGCACACCUCUGGUUAGAUCGUUACCACAUUGCAAUGCGAGAUGGGAACCUCCGCUAGUACGUCCGUGGAGGUUGUUAUAGAGUUCACGAAUGCCUCCAUUGAAAGUGUGUCAAGUCGUUGCGGCCCGCAUUGGCAGACCUGCACGGCAUAGGUAGGAGUCAAUGGGAGGGAAAGAGGGGAAAGAGAGGGGGGGGGGGGGGGGGGGGGGGGGGGGGGGGGGGGGGGGGGGGGGGGGGGGGGGGGGGGGGGGGGGGGGGGGGGGUUGGUAGGCUACCAGUGCGGAGGCUACAGAGGGGCAUUGAGAGGAUAACUCUUGCAACUUCAGACGGCAAGGAAUUGAUUCCCUUUCUUUCGGUGGCUUUCAGCAAAGAACAGAGGGAUGCAGUAGUGCUAUGGAGGCCGGACCUUUCCCACCUUGCAUCGUCUUGUCCAUCGAAUGGGGUGCCAGUGUGCAUACGUGGCCUUGCCUGUUAUGGUGUUUGUUUGUUCGUUUGUUGGUUCGUCGGUUAGUUGGUCAGUUGUGCUUCUUUUUUCUCCAUUUCGGUGGAAUCUCUUCCUGUAUGCACAACAGUUACCUCAUUCCUCCUCUUGGCAUCCUUGGCACCACGUCAUCCCUAUGGGAGAGCCAAGUCGUUGGCUCUCUGCCUCUUUUAAGGCGCUUUCUGUAGCGGGGGUUCGCUUACGCUCUCUUGCUGAUAGCCACUGGAAAAAUUUCCAUGUGCUUUCGUCCAUCCUGCUGCAGAUAGCCCCUGUAACGUUUUCCAUGUGGUGGUGUAAUUCACACCCUUGCUGAGCUCGAGUCCUCUAUUCAAGUGGUAGUAUUAUCAUAUGCGGACUCGAGGCACACUUACUUUUUCAGUCGGUUCGGUUCUGGGCACGAUCGCGGUUCCAUCCAUGUGCACCCCAUUAUUAUGGGGACUACCCCUCCAGAACGUGAUGUACAAGAUUCUUUUCAUGUUUGGAUUGAUGAUCAUUGAGAAACCUUGUUCGUGUUUGAGAACGGACUGCAACUCUCGUUUCUGGGGCUGCACGAUGUCCCCCUUUCCGCCCUCUUUUAGAUUUCCCAAGGAACCGUUAGACCUAGCGUCCGUUGCGUAUGCAGGGCAAACUAAUCUUCUCUGCAUAGAUGCUGCUGUAAAUCUUUUCCCAUUGCUGUCUUGCUGCCAACAUGUGUGGAGGGCUGGCAUACAGCAUUCUGGGUCGUUGGUGUGGGACUGCGCUUGGCUGUCCUGUCAACUGAGAAUCCCCCUUUGCUGGCUGUUGCCCUCCUCUAGGAUAAGCAUAGAGAGUAGAAGUGGUCAUCCUUGUGGUUUGAACUCGUCAGAGCGAGCCAUGAAUUUGCCGCCUCAGUCUGUUUUUUUUUUUUUUUUUUUUUUUUUUUUUUCGGUCUGCAAAAGGAGUUGAAUGUCGGAGGCAUGUUAGUCGUCUCUUCAAUUUGCUGAUCCUUAAGAUUUGUUGGAGUUUACCAUGAUUCGUUCCCGCUACGUGCUGGCUCUCAAGAUCUCUUGAAAAGGCUCCACAAUGCCAGGACAAUGCUGCGGUCAAGUGCAGUUUUGCUCUGCGGAAAGGCUCCACAAUGCGAGGACAAUGCUGCGGUCAAGUGCAGUUUUGCUCUGCGGAAUGUCCACAACUUCCUGAAGCAGAUCUGCAUUGUUUCUAGUGCGUAUGGUUGAUAGUGGGCUGUCUUAGUGUACUGCUUGAUGCCGAAAAAAGUCCCAGUUUCUGAGGGGUCAGCUAAGACGUCCACAAAUUUCUGCGCGAGCUGGACUCUCUGGAUCGCAUCGGAUUGUACAGUGGAACUUCAGCAGGUUUCUCAUGCAGCAAGGUUCUCUCUUUCUCGGGGCUCACGCGUGCCGGAAAGUAAUUUGUGUGCUCCCUCUGCCCCCUGCAUUAUGCGCGCCCUUCGGAGUAUGGUGGGGAGGGCCAAGUGACGUGGUUUUCCCCAGGAGAGAGCUUUUGGGGCUUGGAGAUGUAAAGUCGAAGGACCUUGGUUUGGUGUUUGUUGGUUCGCUCUGCUCCGAGCAUUACGUGCGCCCUCUUGAUGAUCGUGUGGACGGCUGAAUGACGAGUUUCGGAGACAGAUAAGUUUCUUUGCGUACUGGCGCAAGGCGGAGCAAGGUCCUCGGUUUUGGUGCACGGUGGAAUAGAAGCCCGCUUGGUCUGUCAGAAAUGCCCCUUUUGAUCGUGCUUCGCGUUGCCAGUGUUGGUGAGAAAUUUCAUUGGGUUUUUUAACCAGAGUAGAAAUCCAGGAGUUGAUUGUAAGCUCAUUGAAGAUUGUUUUUGAAAGUGGUGGCGGGCGUACUGUGCUUUUUCUGGGUGAUUCUUUUGCUCAGCAGCUAUGAUUUCUCUGCGUAACCGUCUGAGACAGCUGAGCUUGCUUGGAGUUGCUGUUUAUGGACUUCAGGAAAAGGGGGGAGGUGUAGUUUUUUGUUCGGGUGCAUUCAAAACAAAAUGUUUAAUGGAGGUCUGAUGAUCGCAAAAAUUGUUUGGGACUUUUGGCCUCUCUCUCGGAUGAUGAGGCUGCCAUGCUCUGCAGGGUCUCUUGUGGAUGCACGGGCUGGGAGUUAUUCAGUAUAUGGUGUACGUUUCCUAGCACCUCUCUUCUAUGCUCGCUCUCUUGCAUGUUUAGCAGGAGGCUUUGUGCCUCGGCACCACAGUUUUGUUUCUGGGGUUGUGUGAUGGAGGUGGCUUGAGGAUGGAUAUGCACGAGCAGGAUGCCUUUGUAUGUUAUGAUGACGGAUGGUCUCUUCGGCAUUAGCUGUUUGGGUGGCGGGAAGUCGACGAAAGGCGGUUGUGUUUUCGGCUCAGCGGGUGAAUCCUUGCCACGCUUCUGUGCACCACGGAGCCCGUAGUACAAACUGUGAAGCUGUGCAUGGCAGUACUGUUCUAAGUGUUCUUGACGGCGCAUUGUAAGGCACUCUGCGAUUUUGCCAUGAUUCUGUGCCGAGGCCUCCACCACGAGCGUUUGAAGUGGAAGCACCUUUGAGGGAGCCUUGGGAAAAGCUGAGGAGGGACCUUCUUGUGUAGCUGGGGAGUUUGCGGGUGAAACUGGCCCUUGGCCCCAUGGUGCUGCGACUCUAUUUCGGAGCGAAGUAGUUUUCCGAUUGAAUGUUGGUCAGGCCUCCGUCUCUUCCCUAGGAUGAAGUCGUGGAGAUCGCACUCCUGUUUGGGAGCGCAACAAAGCCAGUAGCGUGUGCUGUGUCGAAGUCGCUCUCUAUUUCGAUUCUCUAUCUCGAUUUUUUUAUAGAUAGCUUGACUGUUAUUAUGCAGGCUGGUAGGCUGGUGACCUUUAACGUAAAAGCGGCCUGCCCACGGCACGACAACUGACGGCGAUAUUCAAGUUGUACACAAAGUGGCAGGCAAGUGAGAGCUCACACGAUCCCUUCGAGAGCUUGUCGACUUGCCGUCUAAACACUAGUAAAUACUAAAAAGUCCACUUCGGAGGCGGAAAAGGCAGCAGGCUGAGCGUACACGAUUCCGUAAAAAGUCCCUUUGAUUGGUUAUCUAGAAAAGUUCACGCCAGAGGCGGCACAGGAAGUGUACAUACAGGGUACGCUCGGUGUGCUCUGGGUGCACUUUGUAGGGGGGGGGGGGGUAUCUGUGGGACUUGAGGAGGCGUCAUCAGUUGGUUGUCUUGUGUGCAUGCUGCACUUAUGUAGGUUUACUGACUGGCAUUCCUUGCCUUAGUGGGAGAGCAUUCCAUGAGCAAACGUCAGAUGAGACGAGAGGUUUAUCUCUUCGUUCUGCCUCUGGCGCCCCCCUUUUUUUUUGUCAAGGGGUGAGGGCUGGGCAACAUGGGAGGUACGUUUCGUGAAUUCAUGAACGGAUGGAGGAAGGGGGAGAGGCAAAGACAACUGAAGCGGAUAAUGGACGGUCAGAGAAACCAUGUCUGCCAGGUAUAUCCUUUGGAACAUGCCUACUUCCCUGCUCAUGGGUAUGCUCAGUUUUUUGCUUGGAUUCUUGUAGCAUGGCGAGGGAGGUGUUAUUAUUCGGGGGAGGGAUUAUUCUCUGGAAAGGGGAAGGAGGUUGAUGGGAAACCUAACCUAAUAAUGAAUUUGGUCUGGGCGGCCAUGCAGGUUCUCCUUUGCUGACGUAUGCUGGCCAUGGCUGCUGAUGCUGUGGAAUGAGGACGAGGUUUUGGUUGGAUGGGAGGAGGUAUAUGAGAGAGGACACUGCAUCACACAACAGGAGGGUGGUGGGUGUUUCUUGAGUGCUGCGCUUAGGCGGUUGCGUGUUUUGCGGAGCUGGAGAGCUUGACGGCAGCAAGCCAGCAGAAGGUGGGAUGUAGUUUAAAGAAUUGAGAAGGGAGUUCGGUUCUGUCAGUUUCUCUCGACCAAUAAGGUUCCGGGGAUAUCAACGGUAUUUGUACUUGUAGGCUGUGGAUGCAGUGGGGCGCCUAUAAUUUGUGUAUAUAUGUGAUGUCAUGCAGGCGAAGUGGUCUUUGGCCAAGUGCGUAUGGAAGUGGAGCCUCUAUACCCCCGCCCAUUUCGUUAAAAACUCUGGUUUCCCUUCAGUCAAAGGCUCUUUCUUUAUUUUUCUUUUCGAUUCCGUUUCUGGACAAUGGAAUUGUGAAGGGUAUAUAAUGUGUCUUGUGGAAGGUGGAACUUCCUUCUGUUAUUUCAACGAGACCUUUAUAAGGUGAGA